AUGCCGUUCUUCUUUUAUACGUCAUAUCCGGGUUCUAUCCCAGACGCUAACAACAUGAACGAGGUCGUGAAGAUGAAAAAGAACCGCCAUGUGGUGGCGUGGUACAACAAGGCGGAGUUUGACCACGUGCGGGAGCAUCUGUUCUCUGGUGACCCGAGCCUGCAGAAGCAUUCACUGGGCAGGAUCUCUGCGUGGAAGUGCCGUCUCUCCUCCAACACUCCGGUGGCGAUAGGGUUGACUGCUGACCUGGUCCGGUGCCAGGUGAUGGACAGACGUGGGCAGCUCGAUGGACACGAGCUGGUCAUGGUUUAUGGAACUGCUAUCGUCAGAUUUGUCAACCUAAUCACUGAGAGACAGCAGGGGAGAGUGGCCCGGUCACUACGCCACCUGGCAGGAAAGUUGAACAUCCCUGAGUGGAUUGUGAAUAUGAGACACGACUUCACCCACAAUAAGCCGCCAAGUCUGAAGUGGUGCAGAAAAGGCUGCAAGACAGCCCUGGAGUGGCUUCAGCAGGAGUACUGGAACAGACAGCUCAACACUGCAGCCUGGGACUCAGAUGGGGAAGAAGAUGAUGGGUGUAAGGACAACAUGCGGCAGAGAGACAUGGAAGCGUACGGAAAAGCCCGCGAGCUCCUCAUAUCGUAUGAGAAAGAGCAAUACCAGCACCAGGCGUCUGAAGGCGGAUACAACUCUGAGCAGAAUUGGCCCAGUCCUUUCGCCGACAUGAGCUGGCUUCUGGCCGAGAUCAAACAGUGCGCUUCGGACUCGUUCCAUGUGCUUCUCGACGCUUUGCUGGAAGAAGGAUUCAUGCUGAGAUGGCAACAGCUUCUAUCUGCGUGCAUGGAUGCCCCUUUCACUAGCACACCGCACCUGCUCAAACUAAUCUUUGACGACAUGGAUCACCCUUUGCCAGUGGAAACGCAACAUAAUCUGAUCAGGCUCUCCUCCAUCUACACGCAGCAGCCUGAAAGUGCUCUGCUGCGGAAAGACGCGACCAUUUACACAGUGGACAGUUUGCACGAGAUGCAGCGCAAGCAAAGACGUGAGCGCGCAGAGAAGAGCAGCGUGCACCGUGAAAUGUCAGAAGGGAAAGUUCCAGGACAAACUGAUGAUCCCUCAUAUUUAAUGAUUGACACCUACUCCCUCAUGAAGGCUUCGGAUCAACCGGUCGAGGUGGAGAGCCACAGCUCGCUGAAAACAACGCUUGCACUGAAGUUUGACGGAGGGCCUGAUGAUCGGGUGUAUUCUCAUGUUAUUUCUCUGACUUGGAGUCGGAGAAUCCCCAUCUUCUAUAAUCGGAAAAACUCGUCAUUGAAAUGA